GAGUACCAGACGGCGGAGCAACGCUCAGCUCUCGCUCUUGUCCACCUCUAGAGUACUUGACUGGAAUCGGGCAGGCCUACCGGGCGGUUCUCGCACCCUCUCCGUCCAGCGCGCGCUACGCAAGCAGCUACGAUGGUGUACUACCCGACCGUGGUCCCGCACGAGGGCUUCAACCCGGAGGAGGAUGCCCACGCCCUCAAGAAAGCCAUGAAGGGCAUGGGCGCUGAUGAGGGCCCCAUCGUCGCCAUCCUAUCCAGGCGAUGCAUCAAACAGCGCGUCCAGAUCGCCGAGUUCUACAAGCGCGAGUUUGGCCGGGACCUCGCCGAGGACCUGAAAAAGGACCUGGGUGGUGACCUGGAGACCGUGAUGAUGGCGCUCACCUACUCGUAUUUCGAGUACCUGGCGCGCGAGCUCCAGGGCGCCUUCAAGGGCAUGAGCACCAAGGAGAAGGUGGUGCUGGACAUCAUCCUCACCCGUAACAACGCUGAGCUCCACCUGCUGCAGGACACCUACUCCAGGAAGUGCCACAGCGCGCUGGAGGAGAGUGUGCGGAAGGGAAUGAAGGGCGACGUGGAGAGGCUGCUCGUCUCCAUCCUGAGUGGAAGCCGGGACGAGACGGAUAAGGUGGACGUCAAGAAAGCCGCCGCGCAGGCGCAGGACCUCUACAAGGCCGGCGAGAAAAAGCUGGGCACGAACGAGGCUGUGUUCAGGGACAUCUUCGCCAGCGAGAGCCUGCCGCAGCUGCUUGCCAUCGAGAGAGAAUAUGAGACCAUCUCGAAAAGGACCCUGCAGGAGGCUAUCAAGAGCGAGCUGAGUGGCGGUUUCCAGAAGGCUCUUCUCAUUAUCCUGGCUGUGGCCAAGGACAAGAUCGAGUACUACGCGGACAGUUUGUACGACAGCAUGCAGGGCGUUGGCACCGACGACAAGACCCUCAUCCGCAUCGUAGUCUCGCGCAGCGAGCUCGACCUGGGAGCCAUCAAGGCGAAAUAUCUCGACAAGUACGGCAAGAAGCUGGAUCACUCAAUCGAGAGAGAAACUUCGGGUCCGUACAAGAAUGCCCUGCUGGCCCUGGUCCGCGGCUGAGCACCAGUGACGUCACACGUCCACCGAGUCUCCUGCCUGUUCCGGUCCGGCUGCUAUCGCGUGCUAUUCCGGUGCCCUGGUGUGCCUGUUUGUCUGCGGACGGUGUAGGAUCAAUCUGGCCCGGCCCAUCUGUCCCUCUGGCUGGCUGUGGAUAACUGCUUGUCGCGAACGCGUGCUUGCUUUGUUCGGAACUUGAAAUGCGAGGACCAUGUAUGAGGUUGACAAAUGAUCUGACGGCGAUGUUUCAAAUUCUACCACAGCAGCACGGCAGCGGACGGCGUUGCGGUCUUGAAUUUUGCGACUCGUCUGCACGUUGGGUACAAUACUACUGCCAGGCCAGAGUACCACGAAUUAUCUGCGUUUCGUAGUUUGAUGCUUGAACACCGUGAAAAAUGCACUGCAAGCUACCUGGUACAUCAGUGGGAAUUGUUUGCUUAAUACAUGUGUGGAGACGACUUU